GUCAUGUUUUUCCUACACCUCUGCUCAUUCUCACUGCUCUCCUGGAGUCCCUCCAGCUCCUCCCAGAACUGGACAAUAUUCUAGCUGAGGCCUUACCAAUAUCUAGGAGAAUUAUUCUCUCUGUCUGGCAAACAGCGCUCCUGUUUAUGCAUUCCACAGGGGUGUUUGCUUUUUUUUCUUUUGUUGCAGCAAUACAACUUUUUUUGACUCGUGUUAUGCUUCACUGCAACCCGUAGAUUUCCUUCUGAAAGCCCUUAGAAAUUGCACCAGAUUAAGGAUGGAGCUGCUGCCCCUCGUAGGACUGAAGUGCUGCCCCAGCUCUAAGUCCUGAUUCCAGGCCGAGCUUCAGCUGAUAUCCUUUGACCCAGGAGAUGGGUGACAAGAAAAUGAGCGCUCUGCAGACCUGCAAGCCUCUUUUCUGGUAACAAAAACCUUCUCCAGAUGGAAGCCCUCUGACUGAGACCUGGGUAGCAGAGGUGGGUGAGCAUCUGUUCAGCUCGCCCCGCAGCCCUGCCUCACCCGAGCCGCCCGCGCGGCUGACGCGAGGUUUGGAAGUUACAGCGAGCGUCCCAGGAGCUGCGGGGUCAAAGCGUUCGCUUUGUGUCCUAGCCCUGGGCAGGAAGAGGGGAGAGCGCCAGCUUCUGAAACAAGCCAGGCCCAGCACUCUGCAAGGGAUCUCGGAACAGCUGGCAGCGACGUCCAAAGCCUAAUGUUAGAUCUGGCUCGGACUCGCCUCCUGAGACCGAAGACUCCGAGCGCGAGAGAACAGCAACGCCGUCUUCCAGCUGUGGGAACCAAAGCAGCAAAAACACAAGGCGAGACAUCAGGAAACAGCCCUGGCUUGGGGUUCUCUGUCCAAGGAGAGACAGACCGUAUUAUCUACUGAAACUGCAUUUCCACUGGGACAUGGGCAAAGAGGAUUUUGUGCAAGAACUUAUCUGAUCUCAGUGCAAAGAUACUCAGCUUUACGGUGGUUCUGAUGCGUGCUGUUUCUUGUAAUCCCUGGAAACUGGUGUAAACCAGAGCUUUCAGCUUCUCAGAAAGCCUAAAAGCUGACCCACACCUGCUGCCACUAUCAGUGCAGCAGUCCAAAAAGCCACUUCGGUAUCUGCAUUGGCUGUAGGGCACCACUCCAAAGACUUGCUCUCUGAGAGGAUGACACCAUCUCUCUUCCUUGUCUUUCUGGUAUUGUUUAGAAAAACAUCUCUCUGUAUUCCUCCUACGUGGCAACUGUUCUUUCCAGUUUCAGGGGUGCCUGUUGGACACCAGAGCCAACAUGAACGUGGGAACAGCACACAGCGAGGUGAAUCCCAACACCCGUGUCAUGAACAGCCGGGGCAUCUGGUUGUCCUACGUCCUUGGAAUCGGCCUGCUGCACGUCAUACUCCUGAGCAUCCCCUUCUUCAGCGUCCCUGUGGUUUGGACUCUUACCAACAUCAUUCACAACAUGAGUAUGUACAUCUUCCUACAUACCGUGAAAGGAACUCCUUUUGAGACUCCGGACCAGGGGAAGGCUCGGCUGCUCACGCACUGGGAGCAGAUGGACUACGGCGUGCAGUUCACGGCGUCGCGCAAGUUCCUGACCAUCAUGCCCAUUGUCCUCUAUUUUCUAACCAGCUUUUACACAAAGUAUGACCGGAUACACUUCAUAAUCAACACCAUCUCCCUUAUGAGUGUCCUGAUCCCCAAACUGCCUCAGUUUCAUGGAGUCCGGAUCUUUGGGAUCAACAAGUACUGAGCUGCGUGGCUGGAGUGAAUGGAAGAGGAGCAGGGGAGAGGGGGAAGUUCCUUCUCUCCAGUCCUGUUUCUUCAUCCCCACGCACACUGGGAUGUAAUUUCACAGCGGCUGUUUAAAUGCAGUAUCCAAUAGACAUAUACCGCAUGCUGGAUCCUCAUGCCCAAUAAAUCUAAACAAGCUCCAGAGUAGAAUUUAGUGCAGAGCAGGAUGCAUGGCGCUGGAUUUCCUUUAUUCCAGUGUCCUCAAUAGAUGCAGAUACACUGAGACUUCAAGGUACAAAGAGAGAGAUUGUCAUCUGUCCCAGGCAUUGAAUGACGAGAAUAGGGAUGAGGGGAAAAGCUUUUAGUGCUGGUACUAUUGCUGUGGUAAAUGCACUUUAAAAUAUAUUUCCCUUUCUGAAGCUAGGUGCUUUAAGCAUUACGUAGGGGAAAUUCAAAAGGAUACAACCAGGCUUUCCCAAUACUUGUUUGUUUUGGGGUUUGAGUUCCAUUUUUGGGCAGGGGAGGGGGAAAAGAAUGAGAUUUUAUUUUGCAAUCUUUUACACCACUGAGAAAGGAAGUUCUUUUACUAAAACAGUACAGGAAGGAAUGACCUGCAAUUUGACAAAGCUUUCAUUUUCUACGGUACCAUUCAGGUGGUUCAGGGAAAAGAGCAACAGAUCCUAAAUCAUACUUGUUAUUUUCAGCUUGUACCAGGAUCUAUCUGGGUAACUGCUCCCCACCCCAAACUGCUAAUUUUUAAGCGCACUCUGAGCACUCAGGCAGUGCAGCAUUUGGAUUAAGGGCUGGGGUGCAGGUUAUUUUAAUGAUCAACAACAAAUGCCACUGAGCUACUCGGUACAUGGGGACUGCACAAGCAUGGGAGAUGGAUGGUGCUUGCUGUAGUUGGUUAGUGACUAUAAUUGGAUUUUUUUUUCCUCAGUCCAGCAUCUUGGUCUCUUAAGUCUGUGUUACUGGGAUUUACCAGUGGACUCGACUCAGUAUCUGACUCAAGGCAAGUGAGUGUUUGAUUUCUGAUUUACCUGGAAGUCUGUCACUCGGCUCCAGGCACAAGUGCUGCAGCAGCAUCCCCCGAGCCCUCAGGUGAUCGCUGGCAAGGGUGGGCAAUACUAACGAGCAGCAGACUUAAUUGACCAACAGAAGGAUGCAAUGGGCCACUGAAGAUAAUAGGUUAUUUAGUAUAGGAACAAAAUUGAGCCCUUUUCCCAUAAAAUUACCACCUAAAUGAAGUAGGUUUGCAGGUUUAGAUUUCCUGGCUGAGAUAGCUUUCUACUGCUCAGAAUAAUUGGGUUUUCUUUUGGGUUGUGUACCAGAUAAAAUGUGUUUUUUCUCAUGCUUCCCCUGCAAACUCAUGAAAGCCUAUAUUUUUGUUGUCUUAGUGCUUAUAUUGUCUUACACUUUUGACAAUAGUAUAAACAUUUUAAAUAUGGUAUUUUUGUUCCUGGAUUAGCCCAUCCUAGUUUUAAAGGUCAUAGUGGAUAGUGUAGAGUUGUGUUUGAUGGUCUGAGCAUAGGACGUGGAUAGGGGAACUUCAGGGUUGCAUGUAAGACCUAGUACUACUCCAUGCAUAAUUUUAGGCAAGUUGCUUUACUUCUCUCAGACUUACCAUCAGACUGCUGCAGAGAAGGGAAAAACAUUUAAUGUACCUCAGAGGGCUGGGGGAAUGCAUAGAGAAUCAGUACAUGGAAUGUUUGAAAAAUUGAAAUAUUUUAAGUGAAAAUGAAGUUUUCAGGAAGGUAGAAAAAGUCUGGCUUGAUACCCGAGUGCUGUUCUCCAGCAAGGGAGUUUGACAGAUGUGCAAUUCACUUGAUGGGGAGGUUAAACCUUUUAGCCACCAUGACAUAAGGACGACUGCUGCUUUAGUUAAGGUACUAUAUACCCUAAAGCUAAUAUACUCUUUAAGCUAUUAGACAAUGACAUUUGAAAAAAAUAUUGUUUUCAAAAUAGAGAUACUUCAUCAAUCAGCUAAGUACCUUUGAAAUGACUAAGAAAUCAACAGUGUCAGUGCCCGGAAUGCUUACGGAAAGGCUGCUGCCCUCAGAGGCGUGGCGCCUGUCCUCAGCAGGGUGGGCAAGGCUGUAUCCAUGUACCCAUAAUGCAGACUGUAUGUUGCUUAAGAGAUCUGAACGUCUGCCCGCAGACACAACUUACAUGCCAGUGGUGAAUCUCCAGAGGAAAGAAAACUAUUUGUUUUGGUAGAAAACGAGAGGAAAAACAUCCACUUUUUUGCAACAGAUACAGUCACUAUAUGCUUAAAGACAUUACUCCUAUAUAGACAGACAUAUACUGGUUAUUUCUAAGUAUAUGCACAUUACACAGAGUCAAAGCAGUUUGGAUACUUUUAGCAUAAGUAUAAAUAGAAGGUGGGGUCAGUUCUUCUCAGUGAGCUACAGCACUUUACAGUUUCCUUGAAGGCCUUGGCAUUACAACGGCUCCGGGUUAGAUCAUGUUAUUUGUGCUGUCAACUGACACUAUGGAUAUCUGAUUCUAUUUGUUAAAUUAAACUGUGAAAGAGAAUAGGAUUAUAAACUUCUCAAAAAGGCAGUUUUUAAAGCCUAAAGUCUAAAACUUCUUGUUAGGCAAAGCCUUAAAUUAUAAUAGUAAGCCCUUCUGAUUUACCUUAUUCACACCUAAAUGAUUAAACUAGCCAUUACACAGAUAGGCGUUACAUGGCAAACGCCAUUCCUUACAGGAAUAGCAUUUUUGCCACAGAGUAUCUGAAGUUAACUUGAACUCAUACAGUUAAUCCAAUCAAGGGAAACAUAAAUGAAAACUGGAGAAAUAUGGAAAGAAGCGAGAGUUGAAGACAGAUUUCAUGUUAAUAAUGUGGUGUGCUAAGUAUCUACGUAAGAUUAAUAAAUACUUGAACAAUUUCACAUCUGAUAAUACCUUCCUUAAGAUACCAUCUUAAGGGUAGGUAUCAGAAUUAAUCAAAAAUAGAACAACAGUAAGUUAAUUAUAAUUAAACCGCAGUUGCGAUUGCCCCUCGUUAAGUAUACGUGGGGUAGUUUUAAGUGAAAGAGUUCUGGGUACUGCUGGUCAUACAUGAGUCACGGGGCUCCUUUCUGUCAGUGGCACAGGAACACGCGGUACCCGACUGAGUCCCCGCUUGGAAACCACCACUGCAGCGGUGUGGAAGUAACAGACACAGUUCUGGGUCUCCUGGAACUCUGUACAGAAACCACUUCUAGUUUAUUUGUGUUUGUUAAAUUCAUGUAGAAGUGAGCCCAGCACUGGAAGGCUCAUCGUGCACACACGCAAGUUAAAGAGCAUAGUCAAAACACUAGAACUCUCAGGGGUUAACUCACGUCUGAGAAAAGGGAGGUCAGGACAGCGUAGGCAGGAUGAGGGAUUUUCAGGGGUGUACGUGCAGCUGACAUAGCAGUGAUCCAAGGGUGAAGCCUACCUUUUGCGUGGAGAACCGCAACCUCAGUGCAAGGACUGUCCAUUCUUUUGGACUAGAAUUUUCUCCAAGUACCUACAUGAAGGAGAUAAUUAAUCGUUAUUGAUUUUAAAUGAAAACAUCAGACUUGACAGAUUUUCCUCUCAAACUUGUACUAGCUUCCUGUACAGGGCUAGGCUGAAAGUCAGCUGGAGAAUUAAAGGUGGGGUCUAUCCUGUGACUAAAAAACAAUUACUGGAUUAGUAGGUACUUAAAAUGCUUUUCUUUUUUGUUCUGCAAAGAAUGCCAAAGGAGAAAAGCUUGUGAAAACCAUUCACAGGAACUGGCAAAAGCCUCCCUCUGCCCCAUCUUGUCUGCUCAAAGCCUCUUCUAAGCCACUGUCAAGAUCAGGCCUGUGUUUACACCGUGUGACACCAGGAAAGGCAGAAAACAAUCAAGUACUAACAGCCUGAUGCUUCCAAAAUAGGGAUCCUGUCUUGUGAUUCAUUUAACAUAGCCAACAGGAUGUCAUAUUGUCCAACCCUUUGCAGGAAAAAGCCUUUUAAAAAAAAAAAAAAAAAAAAAAAAAAAAAAAAAAGCCUGAGAUCUAGGGCUACUUAAUUCCUGAGUACUUUUUUUUUUUUUAAAUCAUUGUUUAAUUUUUCUGUUUUAAUAGAAACAUGGUAUUGGCCCUUGAAAAGGGGACAGCAGCUGGUUACCAUUGUUAACACAUUAGCAUUUCUCUGUGAAUUAUGUUGCUCUAUCAUUGCCUAUAAUAUCUUUUAAGCAUGCAAGUGUUUGUGUAUAUGUAUCCUCCUUGGAUCAGUUUAAGUGAGCUAAAUUAGUUGGGGUUUUUUAAUGGAACAUACUGACAUUGUACAAAGUUUUAGGUUUCUUUUUUUUCCAAUAGCCCUUCUUUUUGCUGUGUAUACAGAAGUCUCACGUAGACAACUUUCUAAAAUAAAGUGUGAAUAUUUUUAUUACUCCUUUGUACAGUAUUCUAAGAGAAACUAAUAAAAUAAGUAUUCAUGUAAAAA